UGUAUGCGCACUGACUGUGCUACCAAUCCUACCAGCCAGCCAGUGAACGAGCAGCGAGAGAGAUAGAGGGAGCGAGACAACGAAAGGGUGAAAAGAAAGCAAAUUGAAGGGGAGAGAGAAACGGAGUGUGAGUGCCAGACAAAGCUAUGAAAUUCAUCCAAGCGAUUUACCUCCUGCUUCUAUGUCCAGCCUUGAGUCUCAACACUAGACAAAGCUAUGAGGGGCUGGAACAGAAACUAAAGGAGGUCUUCACUGAAAGGACCGGCAUCCUUCGUCAACUCUCAAAAACUUCAAAGGAGCUGGACAGUAUGAAAGGCAACCUUCAGUCCCUGAAAAAUGAUGACUCGGUGGCCAAGAAGGAUGUCCAGAGAAUCCUGGAGCUCAGCCACAAGCAGAGGGAGGAGAUGAAGUCCCUUCAGGCAGCCUUGCAGAAGCAGCUGGAGGAGGCAACUGAGAGAGCGGAGAAGCAGCAGGCCACGAUCAAGUUUCUUAAAAUGGAGAUGGAGAAAAAAAACAAGAUCAUCAAGGACCUACAGCAAGAGGUGGAACAUGAAUUCCAUGUAAGGGAAGUCUACAGAAACAUUCAAAGCAAAAGCCAGAACAAGAGCUUGAAAAGCAAACUUCUAUCUGGCAACAAACUUUGUGAUGUUCAUGCUGAAGAGUCCAAAAAAAUCCAGGCUCAACUGAAAGAGCUGCGGUACGGGAAAAAGGAUUUAAUUUUCAAGGGGCAACAACUAAUGGAUUUAGAGCACAAGUUAACAGUGGCCAAGGAUGAGCUGGAGAAGGCUGCCCUCGACAAGGAAUCUCAGCUGAAGGCAUUGAAAGACACAGUGCACAUCUGCUUUUCAGCUGUCCUGCAGAACCAGCCCACUGGCGGCCACAGAUUCCCUGCCACUUCUACCCACUUGUUUAGAUACUCUUCACUUGUGGUGAACAACUCCAGACUCACUUUCCAACAGCCACAUGCCAAGGAUAUCCCAAAAGUUCAGAGAAUCAUCACAGCCAGCAAAUCGCCUGUGAACAUCGGGGUAAUGAGGAGAGAGAGCGGUGUACUCAAGGACUGCCAGAUGGAAAAGAUUGGUGUCGAUUGCUUCCAAAAUCAGACUGAGGAGUCACCUCCUGAAAGUAAAAAGCAUACAGAACACCAGCAAAGGAGCCAAGCACAGAUUGAAAAAUACAUGGAAAAGUCCUCAGAUGACAGCAGGGUGGCAGAGGAAGGCAGCAAAACAUCAAAACGACACAACUGAAUGAAUGGGAUAUCUACUGAGAUGCAGAAGACCUGUAUAGCCUGGAGGAUAUUUCUCAGAACACACACUUGCGUGCCCACAUGUGGUCUCACAAACACAACACACACUCAUUCACAAACAUGCACACACACACACAAAGAAACAUUUGCAGAAGAUAGACAGUGGCAUUUUCAAAUGAAAAUAAUCUCAAAUUUCAAACGUUUCUCAAUUGAAAUCCUGCAUAGUGAAAUGGCAUGCAUUCUAGACUUCUAGACUUAUUUUAAAGGUAGCAAUGGCACUGGUAACUUGUUAUCUGAUCAAUCAUUUUGUUGUUUACUUCCUAGAUUUUUUCAGUGAGAACACUUCUUUCUAAAUGUGGGAACUUUCUAAAUAAAUCCCUUUGCACUGGUGAAAUCAGAUAUUGUAAAAAGUACUCAAAUCGAUAAAAAGAAAUGCUGUAACACCAAACUUACAAUAAUGUUUUGCCACUCAUUGUAGCAAGGUUAAUUUACUCUCCAUAUUUUGAACCAUAGAGGCUCAAGUUGGCUGGCCAACUUUUCAACAUUUAAUAUUUCAGAGCUCUUUCUGCCUUUAACAUGCCAGAGGUGAAGAGCCAAAGACUCACAAUGGGUCGUCUCCCUGAGAAUGUGCCAUGCACUGAGUAGUUACUCCUAGCUACAUUUAUCUGUUAUUUGACCUUUCUGUGUCCUUUCAAUAAACUGUGAUUUUCAGUAAAUGUGACAAAUAAAUGGAUA